UUAACAUUGCGGCUUAAUUGAUUGGUAAAGUGGAUUAGAUUAUCAAAUUCCAACUGUCACUCCGCCAGUCCCAGAGUUUUCCACGCAAUCAUAUUACAACCAAGAUAGUGGUAUUUAUAGCAUCUCAAUUAUUUGUUAUCUGUACACCUGUUGGACCGGUUUGCUGACAUAAAAUGCAGCUCAGCGCUCAAGCUGUACUCAGGACACCGUGGGGCAUGAAAACGUGCCGGCACGGCGGGUAAAGUUACAAGGUCAAGGUGAAAAAUCCGAAGUUCAGCUUUAUUCUUGCACCAACAAGAGUCCUUCGUUGUUCUGAAAGUGCUUGAUAUACAGGUAGUUGUCACAGGAAGGAACCACCUGUCCAACAUGGCGUCACCAAAAGAGGUGCUGUCCGUUGUUAUACUUGCCGUCCAACUGGUCGUGGUCUCCACGGAAAACGCUGACCGUCCCUUCAGCGGACCUCCCCUACCCUCCCGACCAUUUCUCGCCGUGUGGAACCUGCCCACGAUCAACUGCGACGCAAAAUUCGGGGUGGACAUCAACCCAGACUCCUACAACAUCGUGACGAACCCAGGUCAGAGGUGGAACGGCUCGUACAUGACCAUUUUCAGUUACAACCGACUCGGGUUAUACCCUUACUACAACAACUCCAGGCCCGUCCGUGGAGGAGUGCCACAGGUUGUGAACAUCACGGCUCAUCUCGCCAAAGCUGCUGAGGACAUCGUAGCAAUAAUCCCCGACCCGGACUUCCAAGGGUUAGCCGUGAUUGACUGGGAGAAGUGGAAGCCUGUCUGGCAUAGGAAUGAGAUAAUCUACAAGAAUGCUUCACGUGAGCUGGUAGAAAAACGUCAUCCUGACUGGCCUAAAGAAAAGAUCGAGGCUGUCUCAAAAGAAGAAUUUGAGACCGCAGCCCGGACCAUGUUUGAGGAAACCAUCCUUCUGGCGCGGAAGCUUCGCCCUAAAGGAUUAUGGGGAUAUUAUCACUUCCCCGCCUGCUACAAUGAUAGGAAAAGGAAGCACACAACAGGAUACAUCUGUCCGGAAGAAGAGAAAGAAUUUAACAACCAGAUACAGUGGCUGUUCCGAGAUAGCACAGUAAUAUAUCCGUCUAUAUACCUGACGCAUCGCUUUGCGUCGACUGAAGACUCUCAGAGGUUGGUGUACUUCCGCAUCAAGGAAGCAUUCCGCAUGGCAGCAUCACGGACUGAGCAAAAUGUUCCUGUUUACGCAUACACAAGAUUUUCGUAUGUAGAUACUGGGGAAUACCUGACAAAGGCGGAUUUGAUGAACACGAUUGGCCAGACCGCCAACCUGGGUGCUGACGGAAUAGUGAUCUGGGGAAGCGACCAGGACACAAAAACAAAAGAAAAAUGUCUCCGACUUCAGAGCUACCUCCGGACCACGCUCGGUCCCUUCAUCUUCAACAUCACCACUGCAGCAGCGAGAUGCAGUCAACAACACUGCAGCGGACAUGGAAGGUGUGUCCUAGCAACGGGGAGCCAUGGCAACCAUUUAUCCUUCGAUCUUCAGCACAGUGAAACGAUGGAAGGCGACGAAAUAGCGGAAACGAUGAAAAAUGUUGUCGGUAUUUCUUAUGGGAACACGACUGGAGAAGGCAACAUUGGAAAGACUACGAAACACUUUGCUUGGAGUGUUAACUUUGAUAAGCGAGUCGACUCUCCUAGUUGUAAAUGCUACCCGGGGUGGACUGGGAAGAGCUGUCAGGACAAACUUUGAAGUUUGUAACAUGCUGGUGAAAUUCUCUAUCACUGAUAUGCUGUAUUAGAUUGUCUUGAGAUUGUUUUGAGAUUGUUUUGAGUGUAGGCGUGUAUGUAAUUUUGGGUGGAGAGAAAUAUCACUGGGCUUGAAUUAUGAAAACGUGUGCCUCGUUUCCAUAGUAAUUAGAAAUUUCCAUAAUAGGUCAACUCAAUGGUGAAUGGCAGAAUUGCCAGACUUGCACGCAAGUAUAUAGGAGAAUUCUUUUACAAAACCAGAAUAUUAUUUUGCUCACGUUUCGAUGUCUCUCAGACACCUUCCUCCCCACGUUGGAGUAAAUGAAUCAACUUAUGAAUAACGCCCUGAUUUGCAUAUUCAAUAAGAAGAAUUUACGGUAUGUAAAAGUCGUGACGUUGUGGCGAAGGUACUUAGUACUAGUAUUAGGUCGAGGAAUUUUUUGGUAGAAUCCAGUGAUAAGAUUAAA